AUGAGCCUGGGUCGUUCACAAGCUGUGAGCUGCAUGAGGAAGAUAGAGCUGCAUGAGGAAGACAGAGAGGGUUGAAUACCCCCAUGAGUUCAUCUUCGUCAUUUUUUGUUGUGAGUCCUCACCAGGACUCCAGACUCAGGAGCUGUCCCUUUAACAAGGAGGAGGGGCCAAGCCCUGGUAGCGGAAGCUGAUCUGGUAGCCCCUGAGUCCAGGUUGGUCCUGGCUGGGCUGUCCUCCAGGAAGGUGGUCGGCGUGCUGCUGGAAUGGAGGGAGCCUCGGCAGGGCGUGUGGGGGCGGAGCCUUUCCACAGGGUCACGCCCCUGCUGGAGAGCUGGGCUCUGUCUCAGGUGGCAGGCAUGCCCAUCUUGCUCAAAUAUGAGAAUGUGCAGAUAGCUGGCUCCUUUAAGAUCCGGGGCAUCGGUCAUUUCUGCCAGCAGAUGGCCAAGAGGGGAUGCAGGCAUCUGGUGUGCUCCUCAGGGGGCAACGCGGGCGUUGCGGCCGCAUACUCGGCUCGGAAGCUGGGCAUCCCCGUUACCAUCGUGCUCCCAGAGAGCACCUCCAUGCAGGUGGUGAGGCGGCUGGAGGGGGAGGGGGCCGAGGUCCAGCUGACUGGGAAGGUCUGGGAUGAAGCCAACGUAAAGGCACAAGAACUGAGCACAAGGGACGGCUGGGUGAAUGUGUCCCCAUUUGACCAUCCCCUCAUAUGGGAAGGCCACGCCAGUCUAGUACGGGAGCUGAAGGAGUCGCUGGGGACCCCUCCAGGUGCCGUGGUGUUGGCCGUGGGGGGCGGAGGGCUCCUGGCAGGUGUGACUGCUGGCCUGCUGGAGGUGGGUUGGCAGCAUGUGCCCAUUGUUGCCAUGGAGACCCGCGGGGCACACAGUUUCAACGCGGCCUUGAAGGCAGGCAGGCUGGUCACUCUGCCAGACAUCACCAGCGUAGCCAGGAGCCUGGGAGCCAAGACGGUGGCUGCACGGACCUUGGAGUGUGCGAAGGAGUGUGAAGUCCUCUCCGAGGUAGUAGAAGACCAGGAGGCCGUCAGCGCCGUGCAGAGGUUCCUAGAUGACGAGCGCAUGCUGGUGGAGCCUGCCUGCGGUGCCGCCCUGGCGGCUGUGUACUCAGGCAUCCUGGGGAGGCUCCAGGCUGAGGGCCGCCUGAGUCCCUCCCUGGCUCCCGUUGUAGUCAUCGUGUGUGGUGGCAACAACAUCAGUAGCCAACAGCUUCAGGAGCUGAAAACCCAGCUGGGCUGCAGCUGAAGAAUUCCAGAGACCCCAGAGGUUCCUGGACACCUGGUGGUCACCCAAGGGGCCUUGGUUCCAGCGGUCCUGCCCUCUUCCUCCAGGUAGCCCUUCUAGGUUGCUCUCGGUGGCUCCCUGCAGUCCAGUGAAUAAACCUGCCUGAGCUGAGCAUGUGGCUCCCAG